GUCACUAGGCGUGUCUUGGUGCCUCAGCUCUCCGACUGGCGAAAGCCUUUCAAGCCCCGUAUCAAGCCGGUUCGGCCCGACCACAAGAGGUUCCCGGCUGACGAGCCCAUGAAGUCCCGGCCGCAGUUCGCCAAGUUUGCGCUCAUGGCCAAGGAGCUUUGCUGGGUGACCAGCAAGCAGCUGGAGGAUGCGCGGCGCGAGAUCGUCAAGGCCACAGGCCGCACGGCCAAGGUUUAUCUGCGCGUCUACCCGCACAAUGCCAUCACGCAGAGGAUUGCCGACAGCCGCACGGGCGCCAGCAAGGGGCGGUUCGAGUACUGGGUUGCUGCUCUGACGCCCGGCAGGCAUCCCUAA